UCACCUCGCCUCAGCACCACGCACGGGCCUCGCUUCCUUCCAUGCUCCGCGCCCCCGCGAGCUGUCAUCAUUUCACCGGGAGAGGCGAAGGGCAUCCGGGAUACAGGCCGAGAGGGGAGCCGCUGAAACUCGUUUUGGAGUGAACAAACGGACCUGUGGACACUUCCUUCCUCCCCCAGUGGAGUGACUUUUUUUUUAUCCCGGCGUUGUUCUGAGGUUGAGGACAUCCGGCCCGUCGGCCUGACCACCACCAGCGUGUGUGUGAUACUUUAAGGACUGCUCAUGCAUCGUUUAAGGACUUGUGCGGCGCGGUUGCGUCCGCUAACUGCCUCACAGGCGGCUCAGACUGUCGGCCCGCAGCGGCCAAUCACAGGCCCCUCCAGAGGUGGCACAAGGACGUUUCUGCCAAUCAGGUGCUACACGGCACCUGUGGCCUCGGAGCCGUUCCUGAACGGGACGAGCUCUAACUAUGUGGAGGAGAUGUACUUUGCCUGGCUGGAGGACCCCAAGAGUGUCCACAAGUCUUGGGAUGUUUUCUUCAGGAAUGCUAAUGCCGGUGCUCCCCCCGGUGCAGCCUACCAGUCUCCUCUGGGUCUGUCUGCAGCUCCUCAGCUCUCCUCUCUGGUUGGAGCUCAGCCCAACGUGGAGAAGCUGGUGGAGGAUCACCUGGCUGUCCAGUCCCUCAUCAGGGCCUACCAGAUCCGAGGGCACCACGUGGCCCAGUUGGACCCCCUCGGCAUCAUGGACGCCGAUCUGGACUCGUGUGUCCCCACUGACAUUAUCACCUCCUCCGACAAGCUGGGUUUCUACGGUCUGGAUGAGUCCGACUUGGACAAGGUGUUCCGGCUGCCCACCACCACCUUCAUCGGAGGCUCGGAGAGCGCCCUGCCGCUAAAGGAGAUCAUCCGGCGACUGGAGAUGGCGUACUGUCAGCACAUUGGGGUGGAGUUCAUGUUUAUCAACGACCUGGAGCAAUGUCAGUGGAUCAGACAGAAGUUUGAGGUUCCAGGAGUGAUGCAGUUCGAUCUGGAGGAGAAGAGGACGCUGCUGGCCCGCAUGGUCCGCUCCACCAGGUUUGAGGAGUUCCUGCAGAAGAAAUGGUCUGCAGAGAAACGCUUUGGUCUGGAGGGCUGUGAGUCUCUGAUCCCGGCUCUGAAAACCAUCAUCGAUAAAUCCUCUGAGAACGGGGUGGAGAACGUCAUCAUGGGCAUGCCUCACAGGGGCCGUCUGAAUGUCUUGGCCAACGUGAUCCGUAAGGAGCUGGAACAGAUCUUCUGUCAGUUUGACUCCAAACUGGAAGCUGCUGAUGAGGGCUCUGGAGAUGUGAAGUACCAUCUGGGAAUGUACCAUCGCCGUAUCAACCGUGUGACGGACAGGAACAUCACGUUGUCUCUGAUGGCCAACCCGUCUCACCUGGAGGCAGUGGAUCCCGUAGUGCAGGGAAAGACCAAAGCUGAGCAGUUCUACUGUGGAGACAACGACGGCAAGAGGGUGAUGUCCAUCCUGCUCCACGGAGACGCAGCUUUCGCCGGUCAGGGUAUCGUCUACGAAACCUUCCACCUGUCUGACCUGCCGUCCUACACCACGCACGGGACCGUGCACGUCGUCGUCAAUAACCAGAUCGGCUUCACUACCGAUCCUCGUGUGGCUCGCUCCUCUCCGUAUCCAACCGAUGUGGCUCGAGUUGUCAACGCUCCCAUCUUCCACGUCAACGCCGACGACCCGGAGGCCGUCAUCUACGUCUGCAAGGUGGCUGCCGAGUGGAGGGCCACGUUCCACAAAGACGUGGUUGUCGACCUGGUGUGUUACCGUCGGAUGGGUCACAACGAGAUGGACGAGCCGAUGUUCACACAGCCGCUGAUGUACAAACAGAUCAAGAAGCAGAAGCCGGUUCUGCAGAAGUAUGCAGAGAAACUGAUCGCAGAGGGAGCAGUGAGCCGGCAGGAGUACGAGGAGGAGAUUGCCAAAUAUGACAAGAUCUGUGAGGAGGCAUACAAUCGCUCCAAAGAUGAGAAGAUCCUCCACAUCAAGCACUGGCUGGACUCCCCCUGGCCUGGUUUUUUCACUCUGGAUGGACAGCCAAAGUCAAUGAGCUGCCCCUCCACCGGCCUGACUGAAGAGAUGCUGAACCACAUCGGGGGCGUGGCCUCGUCCGUCCCUGUCGAGGACUUCACCAUCCACGGAGGUCUGAGUCGUAUCUUGAAAAGUCGUGCCGAGAUGAUUCGUAACCGCACAGUGGAUUGGGCUCUGGGAGAGUACAUGGCCUUUGGAUCUCUGCUGCAGGAGGGAACACACAUCAGGCUGUCGGGACAGGACGUGGAGCGAGGCACAUUCAGCCACCGUCACCAUGUCCUCCACGAUCAGAACGUGGACAAGAGGAUCUGCAUUCCCAUGAACCACCUCUCUCCUGACCAGGCGCCGUACACCGUCUGCAACAGCUCGCUGUCCGAGUACGGAGUCCUCGGCUUUGAGUUGGGUUUUGCGAUGGCGAGUCCCAACGCUCUGAUCCUGUGGGAGGCUCAGUUCGGAGACUUCCACAACACGGCCCAGUGCAUCAUCGACCAGUUCAUCUGUCCUGGGCAGGCCAAGUGGGUCCGACAGAACGGCAUCGUGCUGCUGCUGCCGCACGGCAUGGAGGGCAUGGGUCCAGAACAUUCUUCAGCUCGUCCAGAGAGAUUCCUCCAGAUGUGCAACGACGACCCCGACGUCAUGCCGACCCUCACGGAGGACUUUGCGGUGCGUCAGCUCUACGACUGUAACUGGAUCGUGGUGAACUGUUCCUCUCCUGGAAACUACUUCCAUGUCCUCAGACGACAGAUCCUCCUGCCAUACAGAAAGCCUUUGAUCGUCUUCACUCCCAAAUCUCUGCUGCGUCUCCCAGAAGCCAGAUCCAGCUUUGAUGAGAUGCUGCCUGGGACUCAGGUCCAGAGGCUGAUCCCGGAGAGAGGCUUAGCGUCGCAGAGUCCGGAGGAGGUGAAGCGUCUGAUCUUCUGCACAGGAAAGGUUUACUACGAGCUGGUGAAAGAGAGGAAGAACAGAGGCAUGGAGGCUACUGUGGCCAUCGCACGUAUAGAGCAGCUGUCACCGUUCCCCUUCGACCAGGUGAAGGCAGAGUCGGAGCUUUAUGCCAAUGCUGACCUGGUUUGGUGUCAGGAGGAGCACAAAAACCAGGGUUACUACGACUACGUGAAGCCCCGCAUCAGGACCACCACCCAGAGAGCCAAACCUGUGUGGUAUGCUGGCAGAGGCCCCGCCGCCGCUCCAGCGACAGGAAACAAGAAGGCUCACCUGAUGGAGCUGCAGCGCUUACUGGACAACGCCUUUGGCCUGGACGCAUUCAAAGAUCAGCAGUAGACCUGUGACCCCUGACCUGCAACACCUGGAAUAAACCUUCACCUGUCUGACCUUUGACCCCCAACCCUCCUGGAUUCAGUGGUGACACUUUAGCUGCAUCACCACACACACACACACACACACACACACACACACACACACACACACACACACACACACACUCACACUCUGUAAUAUUGCAUAUGCUAAUAAUACAUUUGCGUACUUCUACAAAUACAGCACACUGCAUAGUCUGCAUACAUGGUGUACUACUUAGUGCUGCACACUACAAAGUACACAGUGUACUUCAGAAAUACCGUCACUCAUUUUACACCCAGUGUCCAGUUUAGAGACAGCAGAAGUUAUUGGAGACUUUAUACGCAAAACAAAUACCAUCCUUAAUAUUCCGGAAUAUUCCAGAUUUUCUUACGAAUAUAUCACUUUAUUAUCUCAGAGUAUAUUCAAGUUUUUUCUAAUAUUACAUUUCUCUUUGUAAAUGUACCACUCUCUGCAGAAAUGAACUGUUACUCUGACAUCUUACUCCAAAACCUGAGUGACCUGCAGUGUGUACAUUAUGGUAUCAGUGUUUAGUAUUAUCGUAGCAGACGCACUGUACUAUUAUUCUGUUGGUAGUAUACAUGUGUACUACUGCAGUACACAGUGUACUACUGCAGUAUGUAAGUGUGCAGUAAGUGCUGUGUGCACUGUUCAGUCCUACAGCAGCAGACUCAGCUCCACAACAGACAACACAGGUUUGAUACUACUAAUGCUACAAAGUGUUUGAUACUGUAAAGCAUCUAAACAAUCAAUGAUUUAUUCAGACAGGAAGGCAAGUAUACAGAGAACAGCCUUCCAGUCGAUCCGGAGUCUAAAGACGGACAGAUGCCAUUGAGAGAAAAUGCAACCGAUGACAAAGCUCCUGUUGCUUUACAUUCCCUGUCAGUAAAAGAUAUUCGAAACACUGAUCUGGUUGUGCAGGAACUACAAAAGUGUUGUCUUAAGUUAGCAACAUUUAGAAAAAGAGUCGAGACAUGAGGACAUUUUAGACAACAUGAAACAAACUAAGAAGACAAAGUUGACUGUGGUGGAGUGAAGCCUGAACCUGAGUUUACAGGUGAAACACACACACUCACACCCACCUUCCUCCGUCCACACACACACACACACACACACACACACACACACACACACACACACACACACACACACACACACUCCAGCUGUAUUAUGUAACAGCAGGUCAGCAGUUAUCACGUCACCAUCAUCCCUGUCAUCUCUACUUCCCUCAAGCGUUGCAGGACACAUUUUCAUUUGAGUUUAACAUAAAUGUCCAUUCGCUUAUUUAGCACUCCCUAUUGAAAGCCAAUGGGAGCAGGGCUAGCUGGUACAGUGAGAGUGGAAUCUCUACAGCAGGUGGAGAGUUUUCUUGCCUUUCAGCAGGUAUGUUAAAGGAGAAGUCUGUAACUAGUCACCAUGGCAGCGCUUAACUCGCACAUUGAGAUUUUAAUGUUUUACUUUGACAAAGGAUUUUUGGGGGAAUAAAAUGGCGGAGGUCUGUGUCGUCAUGCGUCCCUACAUGAGCUCAACCAAAUGCACUGCUGACUAUGAUUUAACCCCUUGGCUUCUAUUCUUCAUCCCUCUAUCUCUUUUCUCUCGCGAGCGUUUAUCUCGUGCCAAAACGGAGCGUCUCAUGUUUUUAUUAUUUACUUCUUCGUGUUUCAGCUGAGUGAACUCUUGUCAGCAGGAAAUAAAAUCGCCUGGUUUUUGAAAAAUAAAAUGACAACAGAAGAUGAAAUCAGCUGCUGCACAUGGUGUUCUGGGCUUCUGUGAGACAAAGAAAAUGAUUUAUUUAUUUUCAUAAUAGGGGAUUGAAAUUCUCUUCAUUUUUUUUGCUUCAUUCAAUAAAGAAUACAGUAUGUACUGAA